GUACUGUCUCUUACUUUUGCUUCUUUUUAGAACAUUGGAGGGUAAAAAAGUUUUAUGAUCUCCAUGUGUAACAAUGAAGGAUUCGGAUGCUUCAAGCAAACUGUUUCAGGAUCGAAAUAAGAAGUCUUUUAACUUUGUAGAAAUAAAAUGGAAAAACCAUUGGUUUUCUUUUCUCAACUAAGUAUGUCAGACUCAAAGGAAAAAAAUUUCUACAAGGUGAUUCAUGCAAUAGGGAAAGAAGCAUUAAACAAAGACAUAAAAAACAGAAAUAAAGAAAAGAGAAAUAGACUAAGCCUUCUCCUGCAGAAACCUGAAUUUCAUGAAAAUGUCAACCUUGGUGGUAGUUCUGAAAAUCUGGCCAAAGGGACAAGUGUCUCCCCUGAAGAAGCAGUGAAAUGGGGUGAAUCCUUUGAUAAACUGCUUUCCCAUAAAGAUGGAUUCGAUGCUUUUACCAGGUUCCUUAAAACUGAAUUCAGUGAAGAAAACAUUGAAUUUUGGGCAGCCUGUGAGGAUUUCAAGAAAAGUCAAGAACCUCAUCAACUGUUCCAUAAAGCACAAGCAAUAUAUGAAAAAUUCAUACAAAAUGAUGCUCCACAGGAGGUUAACCUUGACUUCCACACAAAAGAAACAAUUUUUAAGAGCAUCUCCCAACCCACCAUCCACAGUUUUGAUGCUGCUCAAAGUAGAGUUUAUCGACUUAUGGAGCAAGACAGUUAUACACGCUUUCUGAGAUCAGACAUCUACUUGGACUUAAUAAAUGGAAGACCCUUGAGAACAACAAACCUUCGAAGGAGAUCACGCUCCUUUACCUUCAAUGAAUUCCCAGCUGAAAAAUCAGAUAUUGCUAUUUGGCUAUAAAAAAAAUCUUAAUUUUACUCAUGUAUCAAGGCAAGUUAUUAAAAUUGACUCUUAUACUAUUAACUAUUAAUAUUAAUAAAUUUAAUAAAAAGUAAUUAGUCAUAUGGAUGAAUUCAAAAGCAUAAUUUGGAAUACUUUUCAGAGCAAAGGGAUAUAAUAUAGUAUUUUGUUCAUAAAUAUAUAAUUUAAAAAUCCUUCCUUUUAAUAUAUAACUUUCAAAAAACAAUUAUUCUUGAUAUAUAUGUGAAGUAUGAUAAUUAUACAUUUAGUAAGACUAAGAGGACAAGAUUUGCAAAAAAAAAUUAACAAUGGUUUGUAAAAUGUAUAUUUAUUCAUAUAUAUGCAUAUAUUCCACAUUUUUAUAUCAAAUGUUUAAAAAUGAUAAUGUUUGGCGAAGCAAGUGGAAAUGGGAGAGAGUCUUUGUGUAAAUAAGACCUGCGUUUAGUUCCUGUCUGAAUAAGGGUAGGGAAAGGGAAUAGAGGCUGGACCUGUGAUUUCACCGAUGAAAAGAAUUCUGGGAUGCAUAAAUUGCUUUUAAAUUGCAUGUUUGGUUAUUCUUUGCAACUUAUAAUCUUAGAGCUGGCCUAUGAGUAGCAUUUUUUAAAACUAUAUAAUAAUUAUAAUCUAUAUUUCCUUAAAUAAAGCAUAAAGAUGUUUUAUUUAGAAAUAUUUAAUUUUCAAUGUGCCUUGUAUUAUGCCAUAUAAUUAGCUUUCACAGCUUCAUGUAUUUUAAAUGCAAAGAAAAAUUAAGGAAUUUAUGCUAUAAUUUUUUCACCUUUAUUUCUUUUUCAACUUUAACUUAUUACAUGCUAGAACUAAUUACUGUUCAUGCACUAUCAAUUACACACACACAUAUAUGUGUGUGCAUGUGUAUAGUUAUUGUUAUUACAAAUAUAGAACAUACUGAGUUUUUCCAUCACUGAUUGAAUAGUAAGUCAACUCUCUUAGACUCUUUUGAAAAGUUGUACUAUUUAUCUUUUUGCCUUUCCAAGAUCUUUUUGAAAAGACAAGUUUUACGAUUUUACUUUUCUCUUUUACUGAUCUUUCCAUUUGUAAGCCUUAGUUACUGUUCUUUAUUCACCUGGUAGAAACUUGAUGAUGGCCAUUUAUACCCUCAUCUAUAUGCAAUGGAUCAAGAUGAAUAAUGUUUCCCAAAUCUUAGUCAUAUUAUGUGACAAAAGCCUUCAAAUUCUACCAACCUCUUCACUCUUCAUCAAUAAACACUGAGUCACCAAAGUGUACUUGGCAACAUACUAGAUAUGUUGGAGUUUUUGUUAAAUCUACCUUUGCUUUAAUGAACUUGUUGGGAUGGGGAGGGGAAACAGAUACUAAAAUGAGCAAAUGUACAGAUUAAAUAAAAGUCUAGACGAUUAAUUCAAAAUA